GCUGACUGAAGGAUUGCUUCUAAUAUCCUGCCAGCUCAGCCAUCGCCCCUUUGCUUCUGCUGUCUUUGAAGCCAUACGAUUUAUCCAUGGCAGUGCAAAAAUUUUCACAGUCUUUACAAGAUUUCCAGUUUGAGUGUAUUGGAGAUGCUGAAACUGAUGAUGAAAUUAAUAUUGCCCAGUCACUGAAAGAGUUUGCUCGGCUCCUGAUUGCUGUUGAAGAGGAGAGGAGACGACUGAUCCAGAAUGCUAAUGAUGUGCUAAUAGCACCGCUGGAGAAGUUUCGUAAAGAGCAAAUAGGAGCAGCAAAAGAUGGGAAGAAGAAGUUUGACAAGGAAAGUGAGAAGUAUUAUUCCAUCCUAGAGAAACACUUAAAUUUAUCAGCAAAGAAGAAAGAAUCUCAUUUGCAAGAUGCAGAUACACAGAUUGACAGAGAACAUCAGAACUUUUAUGAAGCAUCGCUAGAAUAUGUUUUUAAAAUUCAAGAAGUACAAGAGAAAAAGAAAUUUGAAUUUGUAGAACCUCUCUUGGCCUUUCUUCAAGGAUUAUUUACAUUUUACCAUGAAGGAUAUGAACUGGCUCAGGAGUUUGCACCAUACAAGCAGCAACUGCAGUUCAAUUUGCAAAACACCCGGAAUAAUUUUGAAAGCACUAGGCAAGAAGUGGAGAGACUCAUGCAAAGAAUGAAAUCAGCCAACCAGGAUUACAGACCGCCAAGUCAAUGGACAAUGGAAGGCUAUCUCUAUGUGCAGGAGAAACGACCUCUUGGAUUUACAUGGGUAAAACAUUACUGCACUUACGAUAAAGGAACAAAAACAUUUACAAUGAGUAUAGCUGAAACAAAAUCUGGUGGAAAAGUGAAUGGCCUUGUCACAAGCUCACCAGAAAUAUUCAAGCUAAAGUCUUGCAUCAGGAGAAAGACGGAUUCAAUUGACAAACGUUUCUGUUUUGAUAUUGAAGUAUUUGAGAGACCUGGAAUCAUCACACUGCAAGCUUUUUCAGAAUCCAACAGAAAACUUUGGCUCGAAGCUAUGGAUGGAAAGGAACCAAUCUACACGCUGCCAGCCAUUAUUAGCAAGAAGGAGGAAAUGUUCUUAAAUGAAGCAGGUUUCAACUUUGUGAGGAAAUGUAUUCAUGCUGUAGAAACAAGGGGUAUUACAAUCCUGGGGCUGUACAGAAUAGGUGGUGUAAACUCCAAGGUGCAAAAGCUGAUGAAUACCAUAUUUUCCCCUAAAUCUCCUCCUGAUAUGGAUAUUGAUAUGGAACUUUGGGACAAUAAAACAAUAACAAGUGGACUAAAAAACUACCUCAGGUGUCUUUCAGAACCACUGAUGACUUUCAAGCUGCACAAAGAUUUCAUUGUUGCUGUUAAGUCAGAUGAUCAGAACUACAGAGUUGAGGCAGUGCAUGCACUUGUGCAUAAGUUACCAGAAAAGAACAGAGAGAUGCUGGACAUCCUUAUCAAGCACUUGGUCAAGGUAUCUUUACACAGUCAGCAAAAUCUAAUGACUGUAUCCAACCUUGGUGUUAUCUUUGGACCAACUCUGAUGAGAGCCCAAGAAGAAACCGUGGCUGCUAUGAUGAACAUUAAGUUUCAGAAUAUCGUCGUUGAAAUUCUGAUAGAGCAUUAUGAAAAGAUAUUUCACACGGCACCAGACCCCAAUAUUCCUCUUCCCCAACCUCAGUCCCGAUCAGGUUCAAGAAGGACAAGAGCAAUUUGUCUAUCUACAGGCUCACGUAAACCCAAAGGAAGAUAUACACCAUGUCUAGCGGAUCCUGACAGUGACUCAUACAGCAGUAGCCCAGACAGCACUCCCAUGGGCAGCAUUGAAUCUCUCUCUUCUCACUCCUCUGAGCAGAACAGCACCACCAAAUGUGCACCCUCACAGCCCAGGGAGAAGUCGGGAGGGAUUCCAUGGAUUGCCUCUCCCCCUUCUUCUAAUGGCCAGAAGAGUUCAGGCCUCUGGACUACUAGUCCAGAAUCCUCAUCAAAGGAGGAUGCAACCAAAACAGAUGUGGAGUCGGACUGCCAAAGUGUAGCUUCUGUCACUGGACCAGAGAAUGCCUCUCCACCAACAGACUUGACCAAAAAGAGUUCAUACAAUCUGUCUGGGCUGAAAAGGUCUUCAGCAUCUUCCCUUAGAUCAAUUCCGUCAGCUGAAGGUAACAAAAGCUGCAGUGGAUCUAUACAGAGCUUAUCUUCAACAGAUACCAAAGAUACACCAAAGGUUCCACCAAACCCUGAUUUGCCUCCUAAAAUGUGCAGGAGAUUAAGAUUAGAUACUGCAUCAAGUAAUGGCUAUCAAAGACCAGGAUCUGUAGUGGCUGCAAGAGCGCAGUUGUUUGAAAGUGCUGGUUCACUUAAACAAGUUUCUUCAGGACGACAAGCAAAAGCCAUGUAUUCCUGUAAGGCUGAGCAUAGUCAUGAGCUGUCUUUCCCACAGGGGGCAAUAUUUUCCAAUGUGUAUCCAUCAGUGGAACCAGGCUGGUUAAAAGCAACCUAUGAAGGCAAAACAGGACUCGUUCCAGAGAAUUAUGUUGUCUUCCUCUAGUAAUCUUUAGUGGACAGCAAUAUCUUCAUGGUAUCCAUGGUAACAAAUAAUGAGCACUAUGAUUUUUAUCUGACACAGAUAUGGGAUCAGCCCGUUAGCUGAGUGGUAGAUUUCCUUCAGAUACUGCAGCUGCAGGUUACACAGCUCCCUAUCAAUGGAACAGAAUGUAAUGAAACAGUUAACGGUUUCUGUACUGAAGACGGUACUCUGUUUAAAUAACUUCCAUUGUUUGCAAAAGGUUGUUCUGUUCUUCUUUUAUGGGUAAGGAACACUAGAGCAAUAAAAUAAAAAAGUUGCUAUUUAGCUGCAGACUUUCAGGUCCUAGGAUGUUGCUUACAGAAAGAGUGAAAUUUAGAGGCAAUGCACUCUGUGACAUUUCUUGCAAUCUAUGAUUUUUAAUAUGGAAAUUUAUUUUUUUUUCACAAUGUAAGUAAUGCUUCUAUUGUGAUCUGAAUUCUGCCUUAGAAAACUUGAUUCUAAAAUUAGUCCUAAUCAUUUCAAAUAAGAAAUGAGUUUUCCAUAAGUCAGAAGUUUGAACUUCUGUUAGUCUGAGAUUACAGCAUGGUAUAGAAUUUAUGCAACUGAUAAUAAAAUCAGUUUAUACACUGCCUGAGCAGUAAGUGCUCAUUCAAAAUGUGAUACAUUUAAUUAAUGUUUCAUUCAAAUAAUUUUUAGAUUUAUUUCCUUGUUUCUGUAUCAGUGUAGAUAAUAUUAACAACUUUCAUUUCUAUGAUACCCAUCAUCUGGAAGAUUUUCUUUGUGUAUCUCAGAACAACAUCUGAGUGAUUGAAUCUAGUCAUGUGAACUGAGCAGUGAAAAACAAUAUGUUUUGAAACUUGAGACAAAUUGUAAUGGAGUCCUUUUCCAGCUUUUUCCACUGCAAGUAAGACAAAUGGCCUGUGCAGUAGCUAAUUUUUAUAAACUAUGAAUGCUGAAAGCUCCAUGUAGCAAUAAAAGUAUUUAGUAUUACUUCUCCUGAUUUCUGCUAAACUAUUUGACAAAGACCUCCCCUUCUACAGAAUAAAAAAGACUGACUUUUCAGAGGUUUUGUAAAGACCUAUUGAUUGCUCCUGGUAGGACUGAAAAAAAAAAAAAACAAAAAAAACUCAAAAAAAAAAACCCAAACCAUAGCAGCUCUUUCAGUCUGAGCAUCUUUCUUGCACACGUUGAGGGAAAACAUGCACUGCUUGCUUGGUUAUUUGCCAUGCCCAAUUGAGAACAAGAUAUUUAAGCUUCAUAUUAGUAAUUCUUCAGCAUUAGUGCUACAGAAAGAAUUCACUGUUUCAUAGACCUAUCUAGGCUUAGUUUCAUAGACCUGUCAAGGCUUAGUUCUUCAGUAACAGAAAUCCAUAUAUAAAUCUUCUGUUAAUUGCCAAGUUGUAUGUUACUUUCAGAAAAUUUAAGGAACAACAUCUGUUAGGACUAAAAACAUCAGUAAUCUUUUACUUUCUUCUUUUUUUUUUUUUCUAUAGCCUUUUUCUUGUUUAAAUUAGAAAAUAAGAUUUAUUGCCAACAUAAACAAGCACAUCAGAACCUUCUUUACUUGUAGGUAGUGCAUGAUUUCUGCAGAGCAAUUCUGUGUUGGAGUUCGGGCUGGUGGCAAAAGCCUGCAGGAUAUUUCUUGCUAAUUAAAGUACCAAGGGGUGAUCAGGGAAGGAGAGAGCCUGGGAGAGCAUCCUCCCCAAAAAUGGUCUAGUUUUUCAGAGGAGGAGUCUGUGUAAGGCUGACUGCAGGAAGUUGAGGACAGACCCCUUGAAUUAGUGACUGAGUGAUGUGGGUUCUGUCUUCACUCAAAACAGUUUCAUUAAGUCCCAAAUCAUGUUUCACUUCACCUUAAGACCAGACUAUGUUCAGUGCGUUGUGGUGAAGGGUUGUUCCAGACAAUGUCACAGGCAGUGAAGGCAGAUGUGUGUGCUCAUCUAAUUUGCCCAGAGCAGAUGUGAAAGGAAGUGAAGGUCUUUUCUCACCAGGUUAAGCCUUUCUUAGUUUUAAGGUAAGCCAAGUUUUCUUCGUGUAAGCUAUGCCUGAAACUGCCAUUGCCCUGGCAGUCAGCAUGGUUUUGGUUGUGGUUUUGCUGUAUUUCACAAUCCAGAAGUUACAGGCUACCAAAAGGCUUACCUCUGGUGACCCUCCUAGAAGUGCUGCUGCAGGCAAAAAGGAGCAGAAAGAGAGGAAGAGCUUGGAGCAGGGGCUGGAGGCCCAGCACAUCUCAUCCAUGCAAAUAAAUGCAGUGAUCUGGGGUGAAAAAUCCCAACUUCUAUCUAUUGUACCGGGGUCAGUGGCAAUCUGACCAUGUUGAACAUCCUUUGAUGACCUCUUAUCCCUCUUAGGAGCAGUUUAGUUGUAAAAUUCUUGAGAAACAGAGAAAUGGAAAAUGUUUGCUCUUACUUGCUUUUCUUUAACCUGAUUUAAAAAGAAGGGGAAAAAAGCUAACCUUAGGUAAUCUCACAGCUUUUGUGUGUCUGUGGCUAUUCUCCAGUACUGUGUUUUGAAACUAGCGGAUCUCAGUGCAAGCAAAAGGACUCAAAGAUGCCAAGUUCAUUAAAAAUUUUGUAAAAAUUCAAAGUUCAGUUACCAAUUAAGUAAGUAGAGUCUGUAAAGUGCUGAGGGAAAGGUUGUAGAAAGACCCUUCAGAGGAGAGGUGUUUUGCCUGUUCCCAUGCAUUCAUCUCACAUUAGACACAAAAUUGAAUUGCAGAAGGCAACUUGAUAAGAAACUGGAUCCCAUUCAUUCUGCUAUUCACAAAACAAACCUCUAUUUUCCUCUGUCAGACUCUGCACUUACUCAGGCCCUUCUUCUGAACCAGCCAAAUGAUCAUGUAAAUAAUUUUAAAGUAGCUUUAAAUAGGCAUUUCCAUCUGAAAAACAUUGUGCCCAUUCUUUAUUACACUUAACCAUUCACUUUCAGUGAAUAGAGUUUUCUUUUUUUGGGGGGGCGGGGGUGGGGGUGUUCAUCUCUUCUGCGGUACCUAACGAGCACUUUCUGUAUAAUGUCACUGCUGGGCUGCAGAUGCUCCAGCUCUUUCCUGACUUUCCAAGGGGGAGUUGUACAACAAACUCAAAAGUUAAGUAACUGAGUCUUCAAAGACUGAAAGGGGGGAGAGGGCAGUACCAAAGCUUGUCUAAUGAUGAUACUUUCAGGCCUGACCAAAUAUCCAUUCUGGUAAUUGCAAAGGAUCAGAAAUCCAGGUAAAUUAAUAUAUAAUAUCUUGAUAGUGCCUUACCAGAAAAUUACCCAAGCUGAACUAAAUUAGUUCAUAGUAUUAAUUUACUGGGUUUUAUGAAAGUCAGAUGCAUUCUACAGGCAAAGGUUGCGCAAUAUUUUUAUUAUUAUCCUUCCUAAAAAACCACAGCAGUUCUUUUCCAAAUAUCACUGUAUUACUCAAGGUAGAUGACAUGUUGUGAUUGCUGAUUGUCAUGAGGAAAUAAUGUCUGUACCCACAACUUAUGUAAUUAGCCAUGUUUUUUCUUUGUUAAACCUCUUGAUACAUGUUGCAGCACAACAUUAAUAAAAUUAAUAGUGUGAAGGACUGAUAUAUUGUAUGAUAAAUAUGUAAAGUAUAUUAUUAUUUUAUAGUCACACUUUUUAUCAAUGAUUAUAAAGAUAAAAAAUAUUUUUGGUGUAAUUCCUAUGAGUUCAGUAUUAAAAUGUCCUUGCCAUAUUUUGGCAUUUAGAGUUAUAUGUAACAAAACUGUUAAAUUAAACCAUAGCUAUCACUUAUGUCCCUAACUAAUCUAUUCAUUCUUCAGUUAUUUCUGGAAAAAAAAAAAAAAAGAUGCAGAGAUUUGCUGACCAGAGCUAUUCUGUGAUAGUAACUUAUUUUCCUUUUAUAUGUUUUCUGGUGCUAAUCUCUAUUCUUUUCCUGUAAUUGGAUUCAGUUGUAAUGUGCCUUUAGGAAAGACAUGUUAGGAGAAGAGAAGUUACAAAAUUCAGCAGCUCAGAACAGUAAUUACAAUAACAA